CCAGUUUUCCACCUCGGGAUCAGCCCUGCUGAAACUCAUGUAGCAGUCAUCAAGGAAGUUGCCUCCUUUGGAUUUUUUUUUUCCCCUCCCCUCCACAACUUUACCUUUAAGUUGUUGUCGUUUACGUUGUUAUUUCCCCGCAGAUCAUUUCAACAAUAAAAAUGUCUUUCAUACCCGGACAGCCGCUGACUGCCGUUGUGCAAAGGAUUGAGAUCCAAAAGUUGCGACAGGGAGACAAUCUAAUCCUGGGCUUCAGCAUCGGAGGAGGUAUUGACCAGGAUCCUGGACAGAACCCCUUUUCAGAGGACAAAUGUGACAAAGGUAUCUAUGUGACCAGAAUAACGGCAAAGGGACCGGCAGACAUGGCCGGCUUAAUGAUGGGAGACAAAAUUAUGCAGGUAAACGGCUGGGACAUGACCAUGGUGACUCACGACCAGGCCCGGAAAAGGCUGACAAAGAAGAAAGAGGAUGUGGUGCGGCUUCUGGUCACCAGAAAGUCACUGGAGGACGCUGUGAAAAAUUCAAUGGGGGGCAGUCAGCCCCGAAAGCAGCAGCAGCACUGAGACCUUUCCGCAACCACCAAGUAGCACAAACACGAACACACAGAUGCUCUGUGGAAUUGAUCUCUACGCUAACUGUUUUGAGUCCCUUUAUUCCAUUAAGUCACUGAACAAGAGGAAGACGCACUCCCAAAAAAAAAACUGUCCAUGUUUUUGUAGCAUGAAGAGGAGAGAUGCAUUUUGAGUACAAACAAGACACUAUCAUGAACAGACUGAAUGAAUCCUGUAGCUCACUGCCAUUACUUUGUAACUGCAUGUCUGAUUUUUAUUCUUAUUAAUACCUUUUUUAUUAUCUUGGUUGUAGGUAUUUGGAAUGUAGCGAUCUCUAAUUCUACACCACUGCAAAUGCCAACCACAAUAAUAAACUAAAUUAAUAACACUCUUAUAGUGUCAAUCAAAAGUGAGAGGCAGGAUCUUUGUUGAAGCAAAGAUUUGUAUGAAGCUGCGUUUGCAAGCGUAGUACUUUUGUUGCCAUGGUGAUGAAGCACACUUUUCAUUGUACAAACUGUCUUGAGUAUUUUGAUUCCCUUUUCUGUUCAGUGACUCCUUUUAAAGGGACAGAACAAUUAUGGUAAAUUUCCAGAAACUUUCCAUGGGAAGUGGAGUGCAGGAAUUUAGGAAAUAUUAGAUGUUGGACAAAGUUUGGAAUACACAACCACUUAUUAUACUAGUAAUUAACUGGUAAUUUGUGUUUCCUGACAAUUACCAUACCCCGUAUAUCCCCUGAAUUCCCAAAUUUCCCAACUUUGAAUUAUUCCAGCAUAGUGAUUAGCAUGUCUGCCUCACAGUUCUGAGAUUCUGGGUUUGAUACUCUGGUCGGGUCUCCCUGUGUGGAGUUUGCAUGUUCUCCUUGUGUUUACACAAAACAACUAUGUUAGGUUCAUUGGAGACUAAAUUAUGCAGAGGCAUCAAUUUGAGUGUGAAUGGUUGUUUGUUUAUAUAUGCCCUGUGACAAAUCCAGGGUGUCUUGCCCAAAGUCCGAUGGGAUAGGUUCCAGCUGACCUGCAAAUUUAGAGAAUGGAUGGAUGAAUUUAUUAAAACACCAUUCCACAGUAUUUCCUCAUAUGAUUAUGUAUAUUUUUUUUUCAGAUCGCUAUGUUUCAACUUUAGAGCUCUUGGUACUGAAAACUUGUUAGUGUGUGUAUUAGAUUAUCAAAGUGUGAAUGCCUGCGUGCGUGCAUGUGUGUCAUAACCAUAAUUUGAGUGCUAAUCCUGUUGGUGAUCAGAGUGAUGUAACCUUUUUUUAUUUUAUUUUUUAUUUUUUUAAGAAUGACUUUAUUCCUUCAUUUGAAACCUAAUGUGAAGCUAAUUUAGGGUGGUGUCGACCCCUCCACCUGGGACCCAUUUCUUUGGAAUGUCAAUUCUCCUUGUCCACUUCCAUAUUUUGGAUAAACUUGCCUCACAGCUCAAAUGUUUGGCGUUUGAUUGUGCUAAUCCAGAUGUUUUGGUUUAUAAAAAUACACAAGGAAUGAAAUAUG